AUGGCUACGCACGAGAUGCCUCUAUCCGAGAAGACCAUCUCCGCCCACGACGCGCCCGACCUCGAGUCGGGCCACGGCUUGAACCUUCUCGACUCCGAAGGCGGCGCCUCUCUCCGUCGUCAGAUCUCGGUCCAGCUCACAGCGGAACAGUUCGAGCGUCUCUAUCUCCAGCCAGGAGGACAGAAGGCGAAGGGCGACCUUGCGAAACGCUUUGGCAAUCCGACUCCACUUGGACUCGCCAGCUUCCUCCUCUGCCUGACGCCGUUCAGCUGCUACCUCAUGGGAUGGAUCGGAACGACGACGGCAGCCGCGCCGACUCUCGUCGGCGCCAUGUACUUCAUGGGCGGCCUCGGUCUCACCGUUGCAGGCAUCCUCGAAUGGGUCUUGGGAAACACCUUCUCCUCGGUCGUCUUCUUCACCUUCGGCUCGUUCUGGCUCUCGUUCGGCUUCCUCCUCCAGCCAAUGCAGGGCGUUGCGACAGACCUCGGAGCCACUUCGGUCGAAUACAACGGCGGCAUCGCGCUCUACCUCAUCUGGUGGGCCUGCCUCAACGGCAUCUACCUCAUCGCCUCGCUCCGAACGAACGUCGUCUUCGUCGCACUCUUCGCCUUCCUCGAAGUGGAUUUUUGGCUUCUCGCUACCGUGUACAUCAAGCUGGCGAAGGCGAGCGCGAACCACCUGCCCGGUCUCCUCAAGGCUGCCGGCGCUUUUGGCUUUCUCACGACCGUUUGCGGCGAGUAG